AUGAACCAAAAAGAAGAGCCCAACAACAUUCGUCGUCAAUUUUUCUCCUUCUUUAAUUUUUAUUACAGCAACCGGCCUAACGAUUGUUUCGCAGAUCGGAUAGAGGAAUCUUGGCAAAUAGAUCCUAAGAAAGCUUCAAAGAUCACUAAAAUCGACGAGGAUGCAAAAAAUCGAGCGCAUCGCCUGAUACUCGACACUCUGAAAUCGGUCUACGCGGUGGAUUUUACCCAACAUAUUUCGAAAAUUGACAAAAACGGCUCUGUCGAGGAAGCAAAUUUGGGUAGCGAGUUGUUGAAUUACAUAAAUAAUUUAUUCCACGAUCCACACAACGAAAAAAUCCUCGCUCCUUUACCAACCGCAAAAAGAGUUUUCGGAUACAUGAGACCGCAAAAUCUUCACAGAGUUUUAUCCGCUUAUCAAGAUGGCUAUGGUAAAACCGGAGGAAUAAUAAUGACUCGCAAUGCAAAUUUGGCGGAAACAUCUAAGCGUAGAGAAGCUUUGAGAGAAAAAAAAUUUGGAAACGAAAAAAUUGGAGAUCCCUGCAGCCCGGAAAGGCUCGCCGACAUGCAUUUUACAUGAUUAAAAUAUAAAAAUAAAUAUCCAAGACUUUGUCACCCGCACAAAAUUGCGACGAAUAAAAUUAAUCUCAUUAUAAUUAUACUUGAAAAUCUUCGAUUAUAAAAUUUUUAUUUACACCGAUGCGACUGA